AUGGCUGCUUGGUUGGUUGAAGAAUUGAAAAAAUAUCCCAUAACUCACGGUAAAAAUGUCAACAAUUCGUUUGAGUUGGUAGACCAUUUGAAAGGCUUCGAGGUUAGGCGAGGGGAAAUUCUGGUGUCGUUCGAUGUUACAGCUCUUUUUCCGAACGUGCCAGUAACAGAGGCGGUAAAUAGUUUGCGCAGACAUCUGGAACGGAAACGCGUACCACCCAAUCAGAUCGACGCAUAUCUUUUGGUAACGAAAACCUGUAUGAAUCAGAACUUCUUUUCGUUCAGGGGAAAGUUCUACAAGCAAACGUUCGGUCUCAGUAUGGGUAGCAAGCUAUCGCCACUCUUAACGGAGGUUUUCAUGAAAGAUUUUGAAACAGAGUUGGCGAAAGAAAAAUUCUUCCCUCGAAUGUGGAGACGCUAUGUAGAUGACAUCUUCGCAGUUGUGAAAGAACGUUACUUGAAGCAGACGUUGGAGUUGUUGAAUUCCCGACAUAGGACGAUUAAGUUUACCGUCGAAAAAGAAAAAGACGGUACACUUCCUUUUCUGGACCUGUACAUUACCCGGAAGGAAGAUAAUCGGCUAAAGUUUGGGAUAUACCGUAAACCAACGUCUACGGAUAGAUAUAUAACUUCCGACUCUAAUCACUUCGGCGCACAAAAACAAGCAGCCUUCCACUCCAUGGUGUAUCGUCUCCUCAACAUACCAAUGGAGAGAGAUGAUUACAUAGCGGAGAAAAAUAGAAUCUACUAUGCUGCAGAGCUGAAUGGGUACAAGAGAUGUUUUGUGGAGAAAAUCCUUCGGAAACACGAGAAGAAGAAAUGGAGAAAAAACAACACCACAUUAGAGCCUGAAAAGGAACAACACAAAAGGAUCAGCCUACCGUACUAUCCCAAAAUAACCAACACAGUCCAGUCUACACUCCGGAAACACGGAUUUCAUGUGGUGUACAAAAGUGAGAGCACCCUGAAAGACCUUUUGUGCAACCUGAAAGAUAGAAUUCCACCGGAUGAAAAAUCAGGGAUCUAUCAGAUUCCCUGCAAAGACUGUACUAGUGUAUACAUCGGUCAAACUCGUCGGAAAUUCAAAAUCCGCCUACGUGAACAUAAGAAUGCGGUGGAUAAUGAACGAGCCAACGAAUCAAGUGUGGCAGCACAUGCUUUAACUCAAGCCCACUGCGUAGACUGGGAGAAGGCAAAAAUUAUUAGGAAUGUACGAAAAGCCUCACAGUUGAAUGCAUGGGAAUCAAUGUACAUCUCAACCAGCGAUUCCCCACUUAUGAAUGAAGAAGAUGCACCAAUAUCAUCUCAACUCUUCCAUCUGACGAAGCUGAUAACUCAGCAAAAUAUAUCUUCGACAAGUACUGAUAACCGUAUGAAUAUGUGUUAG